AUGACUUCCUACAGAAGAGCAAGCUACGCAGCCUCCAUUCAGUCUACCACUGGUUCAAUCGCAAGUUAUGCCAAAAGACUAGCCCAGCAGGGCCGACCAGAUAUGGAGAUUAUAUUGGACGACCACAUCGAGGGGAAAAUCUACACAACAUUUGAUGCUUUAUCUGGCAAGGUGGAAAUCACAGCUCCAUACAAUGCCCGGUUCGACGAAAUCCACAUCACCUUGGAGGGUACUGUGAAGACUUUCGUGGAUGACCUGUCACCUGAGAAGACCAAGUCCAAGACGACAGCUCUUCACAAGUUCCUAAAGUUGGUUAUGCCCAUCUCAGAGAAUGACUACCCCCAGCCACGAGUCGCCGAGGCUGGCAGGACCUACACUUUCCCCUUCAACUUCGUUAUCCCGGAUCAGUUGCUUCCACGAUCUUGCUCUCACACCAGCACUGCUGAGCAUGUGCGCGAUGCCCACCUCCAACUUCCACCAAGCAUGGGAGAUCGAGAGCUAUCGGUCAAGGACGAUAUGGCACCAGAGAUGAGCAAAGUUCAGUAUGCUAUCAAGGUUAGGGUAGUCAGGAACCAGGAGGCCAAUAACAAGGACAUUGUUCUUGUAGAAGGUCUCAGGAAGCUUCACAUCGUACCCGCUGUUACAGAGGCACCGCCCAUGAGCAUUGAACCUACCGAUGAUGAGUUUACUCUUUCGAAGACAAAGUCAUUAAAGAAGGGCAUGUUCUCUGGGAAACUCGGCAAAAUUACCGUCUCGGCAGCACAAACCAGCGCUCUCAUUCUUCCAGCACCCUCAUCCGAUAGCUGCACACCUCCGACCACCAUGGCUACUAUGAAUCUCCGAUUCGAUCCUCACGAAAGCUCUUCUCAACCACCACGACUUGGAGGCUUAACUACCAAGAUCAAGGUUUGGACCUAUUUCGCAGUUCGCCCGUCGGCAGAAUUCCCCACGUACCGCAGUUCCUCCGCUAUAUAUGAGACCUACCGAGGCGUAUACGGUAUCUCAAUUCCUCUGUCAUCUAGGUGUGUAGAGUCAGUGGUAUGGACUAGGCAUACCCCCUCGCCAGCAUACGCUCGAAGAGACUCGGCGUCUUCAACAGAGUCUUCGGAUUGUUCAGACAACGUCUACGCACCAGCGCCAAAAGAAAGUGCAGCCUACUAUUCUGCAACUAUUGUGGUACCAAUUACCCUUCCUUCAUCGAAAACUUGGGUUCCCUCCUUCCACAACUGCAUUACCUCUCGGGUUUACACCAUUGAUCUCAACCUAACUAUCCAUACUCCUGGAGCAGGCGUUCCUGCAUCUUCCGUCGCAUUACGUAUUCCAGUUCAGAUUGCCGCAGCCGGAAAUCACAGCCGACGAGCAACUUUAACGGUUGAGGAAGCAGCUGCUGAGCUUGCUGGUGCGGAUGAAUAUCUGGUGCCGAGAUUAAUUGAGAUGCCACAUGAGGACCUCAUUGGCAAUAGUGUCUUGGCUCAGGCCGAUACUUCUGAGCUUCCCCCGAGCUAUGAAGAUUUUGCUCUCCCGCAACAAAUUGUCGGGAGGUGUUGA